AUGAUCAAGGAUUGGAUGCUUCUGAGGGUGCUUUUGGAUUUCGGUCUCAAGUGGAAUGAUACAGACCAGGUGCUUGCACAGAAUUUUGGUCAAGAAUCUCCCACUGCCGAAAUCGUUGCUGCUGCUAAAAGAUUGAGGAGGACCUUAACAAACCAUGUCGAAAGAAGUACCUUUCGAGGAAGCCUUUGGAAUUGCCAAGUUUGUUCCAUAACUGGGAAAGACGAGAAUAUGCAGUAUGUCAUGCUCAUUGUCCGUUGUAAAAGGAGAAGCACUAUUGUUUGCAUUGAGGGGCCACGCGACAGAAAAAUAUAUAAUAUGACCAUGGAGGUAGAUCAUUCUGGGUACAUGAUCGAUGAAGGUCGAUGUGCAAUUCCUGCUAACGACGUCUCCCAAUACUAUAACCACAAAUUGAAGGAAGCUGUGGUCCAGCUCCAAUAUGAACUUCCGGAUGCUGCUACCACAUAUGUUGAUAUCUACUCCAUAAAGUACGACCCCAUUAGCCAAGCCAAGAAAUAUGGUUUUGAGCAGCCUUUAAUAACUUGCUGUGGAUAUGGAGGAAAGUUCAACUAUGAUCCAAACUUCCUCUGUUCGGAAAAGGUCAAGUUGCACGACAUAGAAACUAUUGUUGGAUCAUGUGAAGAUCCAUCAGUUAGGGUUAACUGGGAUGGGAUACACUAUACUCAAGCUGCUAAUCACUGGUUUUUUGAAAGAAUUAUAGAUGGUUCCUAUUCAGACCCACCCAUUCCCUUGGAAAUGGCUUGUCACAGCGAAAUGGAAAUGACUUUGUUAGCUCAAGCAAAUUAA